UGUUCUGCGCUCAUGCGGUCCCACUUCCUUUCACCCUGGACUGCUGUGGGCAGCUCUGGGUCUUCCCCGACGAGCCCGAGGUCCCGCCAGUUUCUAAGGAGCGGAGGGCAACGACUCGGAUGGGGGCGGAGGGCGGGGAGAGAAGACUGCGACUUUGGGAUUGGCCGGGUCGGGUGCAUGUGGCCCCCUGCAAGCAGCCCCCGCCCCCGCCCCGCAACCGCCGCCGCAUUCCCUGGGGAGCGCGGAGGAGGAGCCGCUCCCCGACUUCGUGGCCCACGAAGGGGUGGGGGUCAGGGGCGGUCUCCCCCGCCCCGUCCGUCUCUGCCCUGACGGUGCAGCCCGCUUCCAGCGCAGUCAUUGCCAUGGAGACCCCCGAGACUAUAAAGCCAGGUAUCUAGGCGGGCGGCGGCUCCCGCGCCGCUGAGGCCCCCAAGGAAGGAGCAAGCGCCCCGGCGUGGCCCGGCCCCCGCGAGAGGGGAGGAGGCGGAGGAACGGCGCCAGCAGCUUGAGAAGCGGCGCGCCCCUCCAGGGCUGGAGGCAGGCGUGCACCGCGGGCGCCACCGUCGCUGCGGGGGAGCGGGGGCUGCCCUGGGUGCCGGUGAGUGGCUCGGCUCCAAACCACGAGGACUGAGGGGCACCGGACAAGGGGAAAGCGGCGGGAGCUCGGGAGAGGGUAGAGCCUCGGCUCCCGACGUCUCGUGGCGGGCCAGGAGUGGAGCCCGGAGUAGCGAGCAAUCAACACCUCCACGCGGGAGCCCCGGGGAAACAGCGGCGAGACGCCAGGCGUGCGGCCCAGGAGCGGCGGGGCCGCCGGAACCUCCGGGCGACCGGAGAAGGACCCUCGGGACCCUCGGCUGCAGUCGUCCACGCGCGGAGGGAGAGGUACAGGAGCGCGGGCGGAGGCCGGAGCCCCACGGGGCGCGAGAACAGGGGCGCCCCCGUGCGGAGCUGCCAGGCUGCCCGGGCGCGGCGGCCGGGGCCAUGCUCAAGCCCAAGGACCUGUGCCCCCGAGCGGGGACGCGCACCUUCCUGGAGGCCAUGCAAGCGGGCAAAGUGCACUUGGCCCGCUUCGUGUUGGAUGCGCUGGACCGCAGCAUCAUCGACUGCCGCGCGGAGCAGGGCCGCACGCCGCUCAUGGUGGCCGUGGGGCUGCCGGACCCAGCGCUGCGUGCGCGCUUCGUGCGGCUGCUGCUCGAGCAGGGUGCUGCAGUGAACCUGCGAGACGAGCGCGGCCGCACCGCACUCAGCCUGGCGUGCGAGCGAGGCCACCUGGACGCCGUGCAGCUGCUGGUUCAGUUCAGCGGUGACCCUGAGGCGGCCGACUCGGCGGGCAACAGCCCAGUGAUGUGGGCGGCGGCCUGCGGCCACGGGGCGGUGCUCGAGUUCCUGGUACGCUCCUUUCGCCGCCUGGGCCUGCGCCUCGACCGCACCAACCGUGCGGGGCUCACCGCGCUGCAGCUGGCUGCCUCCCGCGGCCACGGGACCUGUGUGCAGGCACUCACGGGGCCCUGGGGCCGCGCCGCCGCCGCCGCUGCGGCCCGGGGCUCCAACUCCGACAGUCCCCCUGGCCGCCCGGCCCCUGCGCCCAGCCCCGAGCGUCGACGACCCAGCCCCCGCCGCCUACCGCGGCCUCUCCUGGCGCGCUUUGCGCGAGCGGCGGGCGGCCACGGCCACGGCCACGGCGGCGAGGCUGGCUCAGCGGGCAAGAAUUCCGGCCGACACCGGGCGCAGGGCAGUGAACGACCUGAGCUGGGUCGGAGCAUGAGCCUGGCACUGGGUGCGGUGACCGAGGAGGAGGCGGCCCGCCUGCGGGCUGGGGCCCUGAUGACCCGACCAAACUCGCCCCAGUCUUCGGGGACUGGGCGGUGGCGCUCACAGGAGGUGCUGGAGGGAGUGCCCCCAACCUUAGUGCAAGCCCCCAUUGGCCUCAGCCCCCACCCGGAGGGCGGCCCCGGCUCUAGCCGCCUGGGUUUGCGCCGUCGCUCUACAGCCCCAGAUAUCCCCAGCCUGGUCGGGGAGGCUCCAGGGCCCGAGAGUGGCCCAGAGGUAGAGGUCAACGCUCUGCCUGUCUCCGUGCCUGGGCCGAACCCAUGGCAGGCGGGCACCGAGGCUGUGGCGCUGCGUGCUCAGCGGUAAGCGGUGCCGAGCCUCAGGCCUGCUUCUCUCACCCUCUCGUCUGUACUCCACUGGUAUUUCUCCACUCUAGGUCCCUCACCUUUUUGGCAGCCGCCCCACUUCCCUGCAGCCCAUUUUGGGCUGUCUCCCUGCCAAGGCGAGACCUUCACCAGCCCUCCACCAGAAAUAAGGGACCUCCAUCUUCUUUUUUAUGCCCCUCGGUAUUCCUUGCCUGGGUCUAGAGGUUUUGAUGACUGGUUCCAUAGCCUACCAGCCAGGAAGGUGGAUACCCCUCCCCAGCCCUCAGCCACCCGCUGCUCCUUUCCGCCCACCCUCCCCUCGCUGGGUUUCCCAACACCCGGCCAGUGGCCAGCGAGGCAAAUAGACGGGUCCAACUUGAAGAAUAAAGACCCAGCCUCCCCACUCUGACUAGUGAUGCUGACAAUAAUGCCACAAACUACCAAAGUUCCCUUUCCCUCAAAGUGUGAGAGGAGGAAAGGACCCAGGGGGCCCUAGAGUCUUUGUGUACUGGAGAGCUGAGGAGGACGGAGUCUGGCUGUUAGGUUUUCCUAGGGCAGAAACCUCGAAACAAUGAAAGCACGUUUGGGGAGUGGGAGAGUCCCUAGUGUUGAACACCAUUUGUCCCUUGAAUCAGCUCCUGGGUAACUCCAGCUCACUGUCUCUGCCCCAGGAUUCAGCACACAACCCCUACCUAGGCCCGCUCCGGGCUCCUGAGCCAGUCUGCUCUUCAGCUUCUAUUCAUUUGAAUUCCAUCAUCAAGGUUCAAUACCUCGCCCCUGGAGGCCCAAGCCCUAUUUCCGCUGGCUCACAGAGGCCUGAAAUGCAAAGGACUGAGCACUUCCCGUCCUCCACGCCUCCAGCUCCCCCGUCCCGCACGUGGGUGCCCCCCGCGGGGUGGAACAGUUGCGAAGGCUGUGCUUAAUUGUAUUUCUUCCAAUCCUCAAGGAACUCGUGUUUUAAGCCUUUGUAUGUGAAGCAGGAAGCAGCGGGUCUGAUUCUGAGGCUUAAGAGCUGACAAUAUCUCUUUAAAUAGAAGCUCCGCGAGGGGGAUAAUUGACUGAAGUGUUUGCAACGUGAAACAGCGGCGCGCGGGAGUCGGGAGCCCACAUGAGCCGCAGGUCCAGGUUUAAAUUACAUCAAACUCUGGCGAGAGCUGCAAGGGGUCUAUUAAACGGCUCCUUCUUCUCGCUGGGCAGUUAAUGGAGCGCAUGAUAGAUGCUGGAGAUCAAGAACCCGGACUCCUGCCUUGGCCCCACCUUGUGGGACGGAGGCCCGGCCCAGGUUUAUUACUGGGCAGAUGAGUGAGUCAGAGGCCCUUUCCCGGGUUGGUCCUUUGUCUCCUGCCCGCUCGCCCCUGCCAUCCUGCCCCGUGCUGGCCUAGCCUGGCGGCGGGGUUGGGGGAACCGUGUCCGGCGGGGCGCGUGCGCUAGGACCCUGAGGGAGUGCUCGCGCGCUAGUCUUUGCGCCCGGCCCGCAGGGAGGCGGCAAGUGGGGCUCUUUUGUGAACCACAAGGGUGGGACUUGACGCUUUUCACCUGCCUGCGGUGGAGGUCUUUCCAAGACGUCGACCUAUCUGUUCGCUUUUGCAGUACGGAAGGUUUCUCGCCAGUAACUCCCAGGGAACCGCCCAGAGCCGGCGCACUGGAGGACGUGAUCUCUGGUGCCCCCUGGUGGCACCGCUGCGCUCUCCCCGCUGCGCCCCGGCUCGGAGCUCAGACACCUGCUUUUCUUGGGAUCGCCGCUGUGUACUUCUCCCUCCGUGUACAUUUACCGUGGAAUCCUCUUCAUCUUGUAGAAUAUCAAAUCCGGAUACUUGAAGUCAGUUCACAGCAGUGAAGUGAGGGACAAUGAACAAAAAACUCGCACUGAGAGUAGCAGGAGCCCAGACCCUUCACUAAGGACCCCAAGUGAAAUCUUCCAAGUUAAGGCUGCGUGUCCUGAGAGGUUCUGCUCUUUUCCGCAAAGGUGGAGCCGCCAACCCUUCCCUUAUGAUUCUGAACCUUGGGACCUGCUGAUUAGGCAGUUGUUUUCUUCUGAUAUUGCUUUCAUUUCUGAGGUAUUCUGCCCACUCCCUCCUCCCCUCUUGUCCCAAAACAAAUGUCUCUCCUCAGUCCCCCCGUCUGGGUGGUGGGUGCACAAUACCAAGUGCCUGAAAAGCGUGAGGGAGUGGGUCUGGGGUGGGUGGGGACACUGGACACCCCAAGUGCAAACUGCUGCUUUCUGACCCUUGCUUGCUCAUGUACUCGCUAUUCAACUGUGUUUAAUUGUAAUGACGUUGUUAGUGGUGUAGGAAUCCAAGUGUUUUGGCUCAACAGCAUGCAGUCUGGGUUGCACAUUGUAUCGGAGGUGCUGCAAUCUUUCCAGUAUCUCUGAUAUGUGGCUUUUUGUUUCAAUGUCGCCCUGGGCCCUCUACACUGGAUAAACCACCAUGAGGGCUCUUCUCUGUGGAGCUGUGGAGAGCUUGGUGGUAGAAAGCGAUGUUUCUAAAGACUGCAGCAGCUCGUUCCUGUGUGAACCGAAUCAUGUGUCUAACUGCCCUGCUGUCCGUACACUCCUUCCAGGCCCGGCUCCAUGCAGACCUUCCACUCUUCACAUUUCGCUCCCCUGAACUCGCUCCUUUGUCAGCCCCAGUUGAGGCUGGGUCCUCUCUAGCAAUCUCUACCUUCAGAAGAGACUUUUCUAAAUCUUUUGCUUUUCCAAUUCUUGUUGCUUUUGUCAUUGUGAAGAGUCACCCGGGACGCUGGCGCUCGGUACCCUGAGGUCAGAACCGGUCUGUGUGUGAGCUGUGGGACAAACGCACACCCUUUCAGAGUGAUAUUGUGUGGUGGAAGGACUGUUAGAACUCAAAGAAUAGUUAAUAAAUCCAGUAUUAUUCCAUUGCGAGAA